GGACAGACCCCCACAGAUGAAGAUGCCCUGAUGAUGAGACAAAUUGAUUGGCUCAUCUCUAGUAUAACCCUUUUAAAGCUACCUCAUGAAUGCCAUACAUUGUUCUAUGUUAUCAACCAUUUCAGGCUGACUGUUGGACAACAAGUCUUAUAAAUGUCCCACCUCCCCCCAUGAUCACCACAUUACAUCAUCUGUCCAGUUCUGAUAACCUCCAGCACAAGUGACAGACAUAUCUGUGAGUGACAGCAGCAGCUGUAUUAUAAGCUUGACACUAAGAGACAACUUAGACCUCCGCACAGGGGGCUCCCUGAUCUCAUCUGUUCCAGCAGUGAUGGAUCUACAGGGGCUUUUCCUGGCACAUGCCCAGCAGACCUCUUCCUAGCAUGAGAGUGGCCAGCUCCACACACAGGAAACGCCUUCUGCCUGACACAGCCUCUUCUUGUGUGUAUGGGAAGCGAUGCUGGUUACAGAGAAGCUCCUAGACACCCAAGUCCUACCUGCUGGCUCCUGGGCGUCAGCCACUGGGAAGCCCCCGCCCGCCCCGCUCCUGGUCGGGGGCUCCAAGUUGCUGCAGCCUCCUGGGUUCCUGAGACUUUAAUCGGAUUGCUUCCCAGUGCCAGGCAGUCUGUGCCGAGAGGCUGAGACUUUUGCGUGUCAAAUGAUGUGUCUGUUCUUCCCCCCUCCCCCUGUCAUCACAAAGCCUUCUGCUGCUGCUCAUCCUGGGGCUUCAGAAGGACGCGCAACAGUUUAGUGUGGAGCAGACCCUUGGACUUGGCUGGAGGAGGACACCUCUGACCUGCAUGAGGUCCAGGAGAUCGCCCUCUUGUAGUGUCCUCAGCUCUGGUUCCUGUUCUUCUGGAUGUAAGGUAGAAAGUUCUGCAGCCUGGAAAGGUCUUGGGAGGGAGAAACAGUAGCUAAAAGGAGGAAGGGAGAGGGACUCCUGGCUGUGACUACUAGAAACAAUGUUGCAAUUUGGAAUUUUCAGCGUAAACAACUGUGAGGACUACUGCUGGAUCUUCAUCUCCAGGGAAACCUUGUGAUGCCAUUGCUGGAGUGACUUGCUCAGUGGAUCACUGACCUGUUGCACAUUUGUCGGACCCCACCAGGAUCGUUUCGGAUGCCUUUCCUGAGAGAUCAAUUUUACCAUCAUGGGCACCAAGCAGACCAAGGUCUGCCAGGCUUCCAGUGCUGGAGGGGAAAGCCCUCAACAGCACCUCCCGGGAUCCCGGAGGAGCACUCCUGCCAGGGAGAGAGGGGACUUCUGGUCUUUUGGGGUGAAGUCUGGGGAUAAAUUAGCCAAGAGUGGAUCUUCAAAUCAACCCCCUUAUCACAGGAGGAUCAAGAUGAUCCAAGACAUGAUGAUGCUAGUCAAACAAGGGAGAAAUGAGGAAGCCACUGAGCUGCUGAGACACCUGAGACAGGAUUUGGGCAUGGAGUCAACAUCAUUAGAUGAUGUGCUAUACCGAUAUGCAAGUUUCCGAAACUUGGUAGAUCCCAUCACCCAUGACCUGAUAAUCAGCUUGGCGAGAUAUGUGCACUGCCCUAAACCGGAGGGUGAUUCAAUUGGAGCUAUCGAAAAAGUUUGCAGACAACUUACUUAUCACCUCAGCCCUCACUCACAGUGGAAACGUCAAAGUAUUGUGAAGCGGAAGCCGCAGGCCUGCCUAAAAGCAAUUCUAUCAGCAAGACCUCGAGAGAGAACUUUAGAUCUUUCUGGCUUUUCCCUAACUAUGAAGGACUUGGACCGUGUGAUGCUUUAUCUUCAGCACAAUUCAGAAGAAGUGGAGAAUGUCGAACUCUGUUUUACUGAACUCACAGAUGAAAUGUUCUUAUAUCUUUUGCCUGUCCUCAGUGGCCUUCCACAUCUUACUACUCUGGCACUUAAUGGAAACCGGUUGACAAAAUCCAUCCUGAGAGAAAUCACUGAAGCUUUGAAGGACCUUAAAAAGUUCCCCAGCAUGACCUGGAUUGAUCUUGGCAAUAAUGUGGACAUCUUCUCCCUGCCACAGACUUUUUUAGUUAGCCUCAAGAAACGAUGUCCUAAGCAGGGGAAUUUGCCAACUAUUUUAGAAUUUGGAGAGGGACAGUUAAGUGACCUAGAGAAUCAAGACGCAUCUACAGAAACUGAAGAUGAGCAAGUGGUUAGUGGUUUCAAAGAUAAGAGUGUGCAGCCACAAAGUUAACUAGAUGCUUCCUAAUGUGUAAUUACCUUGUAUUUCCAAGUUCUUUAUAAUACUAUGAAGGUGAGAUGUUAUGUGUAU